AUACACUGAGAGGUCGAGACAGACGAGAGAGUCCGCCCCUUGCACGCCCAUCCUGUUGGGAAAUGUUCCCAGAAUCUCAUCAGCGAGGUUCGUCUCCGCUCCUGCGCUCCGACUCUGAACCGCGACAUCUGGGUUUAAACUGUGAGUAUUCGCAGACAUCUUCAAAGGAGUUGCUCGGAUAUCAAAGCCAGUUUGUUUCAGCUAGUUUAAACCUCACGUUCCUCUGUCUUCCAUCAGCACUAAGAGAAGACAGGCUGUGAACAAAGUCAUCAUGAACUGGGCAUUUCUCCAGGGCCUCCUCAGCGGGGUGAACAAAUACUCCACAGCCUUCGGCAGAGUGUGGCUCUCUAUUGUUUUCCUAUUCAGGGUUAUGGUGUUUGUGGUGGCAGCAGAAAAGGUGUGGGGAGAUGAACAGAAAGACUUCACAUGCAACACAAAUCAGCCCGGCUGCCACAACGUCUGCUUUGACCACUUUUUCCCCGUCUCCCAUGUGCGCCUGUGGGCCCUCCAGCUUAUCUUCGUCACCUGCCCCUCACUCCUGGUGGUGAUGCACGUCGCCUACAGGGAGGACCGGGAGCGGAAAAACCGGAUCAAGUAUGGCGAGAACUGCAAGCGUCUCUACCAGAACACGGGCAAGAAGCGCGGAGGCCUGUGGUGGACCUAUGUCCUCACUUUGGUCUUCAAAAUAGGCGUGGACGCCACCUUCGUCUACCUCGUUUACCACAUCUACGAGGGCUACAGCUUCCCCAAUCUCGUUAAGUGUACACAGGUUCCCUGCCCCAACACGGUGGAUUGCUUCAUCGCUCGGCCUACUGAGAAAAGAAUCUUCACCAUCUUCAUGGUGGUCACCAGCUUGACCUGCAUCCUCCUCUCCUUUUUUGAAAUCCUCUACUUAGUUGGAAAACGCUGCCAUGAGUUUCUCAGCUCAGCCCAUCACUCUCGUCAGGUCAUCACCCACUCAAUGUCCAGCGGAAGCAAACUGAUGGAGGCAAAUGCUCUAAAGUCAGCGGACAAACGCACCCCGGACAGUCCAGCACCCUCGUACAAUGUCGUCGUGUCUUGAGAUACUGAGAACAUUACACAGACUUUAUGAAAAAGACAGAAAAGGAAAGCUGUCUGUCCUCGUAACGACUUCCUUAAAAGACUUGAUAGAAGAUUGUUCUUCUUCUCAGAGACUGAACUGCAGUAUAUGGUUUUAAAAGUUUAAAUUCUGCACUACAAGAGAAUGUGUUCUCUGCUGUAGGGACUUAUUUUACGGUUUACAUUUCUUUAGCUCUUGCAGAAAAUAAAAGCCAGUUUGUGCAAUGCAGUGACCAACUUAGCCUUGAGAUCAAAUACAUGAGUCACUCACUGGUUUGGUGAGUAAGGUUUUACAAACACAUGUGGCUUUGUGUGUAAGAUUUUCCCUCUGCUCUUGCCCAGCCUCAAGAUGUUUGGUUCAAACUGUGUGCAGUCUUUCCCUCUGACUCAGACACGUGUGUUCUCGUGGUGAACUGUAUUUUUCAUUAUUUAUCUAACGCUUGGAAAGUUGCUGCAUUUUACUGUCUGUAUUUGUUGUUGUUUUUAAAAAGGAUUUCCUGUGUACAUGCAGUAGAGAACAAAGAGCAGUCAAUGACAUCAGGGUGUUUAUAUUUCACUGCACUGAGAUGCAGAUUUGUUGUGAUUAUUUUUCAUUAAAGAUUAUAAUUUUGCA